CCAGUCAUAUGACAGCGACGGGCGCCGUUGUUGUUGUUGUACCCGGAAGAGCGCUUCCCUGUUGGAGGAGAGCCGGAGGGAUGGCGGCGGUGGUGGUGGGGCCCAGGCUGCCCCAGGCGGCUCCUGGAGUGGGUCCAGGGCCGGCGGAGGGGGCCGACGCCCUUUUCGUGGCGCUGAGCGCCGGCUUCACGGCCUUGAGCCACCCGCUGCUCUACGUGAAGCUCCUGGUCCAGGUCGGACAUGAGCCUCUACCUCCAACUGUUGGGAGAAACAUUUUGGGAAGUAAAGUACUUUACCUUCCUGGCUUUUUUACAUAUGCCAGACACAUUGUGGAAGUGGAUGGAAAAAAGGGACUUUUUCGUGGCCUUAGUCCUCGCAUUCUUUCUAGCACUUUAUCCACCAUAAGCCGAGGGCGAGUGAAGAAGGCAUUUCCUUUGGAGGAUAUGGAACAUGUUUCUAACAGGGAUGAUAUGAAAACCUCCCUCCGAAAAGUAGCAAAAGAGACUUCUCAUGAGAUGAUGAUGCAGUGUGUAUCCCGGGUUAUCUCUCAUCCUCUGCAUGUAAUCUCUAUGCGCUGUAUGGUCCAGUUUGUAGGACGAGAAGUCAAAUACAGGGGUGUAUUUAGCUCUAUUGGGACAAUUUGGAAAGAAGAAGGACUUUGGGGGUUCUUUGCAGGAUUGGUUCCUCAUAUCCUAGGUGAUGUUAUUUUUCUGUGGUGCUGCAAUCUUCUUGCUCACCUUAUCAACACCUAUGCUGUAGAUGACAAUUUCAGCCAGGCCUCCGUGAUCAGAAGUUACACCAAGUUUGUAAUGGGGAUUGCUGUGAGUGUGCUGACAUACCCUUUUCUUCUUGUGGGAGAUAUCAUGGCAGUGAACAACUGUGGGUUACUUGCUGGCCUUCCUCCAUAUGCUCCUGUAUUUCCCUCUUGGAUUCAUUGUUGGAAACACCUCAGUGCUCAGGGACAACUUUUCAGAGGCUCCAGUCUCCUUUUUCGUAGAGCAUCUACACCAGCAACUUAUCUCACUGAUUAAUCUCUUCUGGGAGAAAGGCAAACCUAGAUGGUUAGAGGAGAACCCCUAAAAGCUUGAUCUGACAUUUCCUUUUAAGUUUGAAGUCAACGUUGAAAGAGCGAAAGCAUUUUCUCCCAGCAAGUUGGACUGGGUUAAUAACAGCACCAGGGUGUCUUAAGUUGCUAGAUAUUCUUGUCUGUUGAAGGACAGAGGAAGUUUUUCUGUACCAGUCAAGCCUUAGGUGAAAAAAGACUAUCUAAAGGGCAAAGAGUUACAGCUUCUCAAAGCUUGGCAUGCAGAUGGUUUCCUGAUAUUGGACAAUGAGAUGCUCCUGUACAGUUUUCCCUGAACUGUAACCCAGAUAAUAUCAAAAUUGGGUUCAUUUAUUUAUUUACAGCAUUUAUAUUCCGCCCUUCUCACCCUGAAGGUGCUAUUGGUGCUAUUGCUAGGCAGGUAGGAGAAAAGCUUAAGCUCUACCAGUUUUGGUUCCUACGUCAUUAGUUACUCAACAUGUUUAUCCAAUUAUUAUUGGAAUAUGUUUAAGAUUCAGCAAAGAGGGACAUAGAAGGCUAAGCAGCAACUUUGUUGGGUUCCUAACAGUGGCAUAUAUAAGCUUGAGUCUUUAUUAAUCUUAACAUUUAUGUGCAAUAUGUCUUCCACUGUCAUUGUUAUUCUGGAGGAUGUUUUCAGAGCAGAUAUUUAACUUGUAUGAAGCAAUUUUAUCUGGGUUUCCAAACAACCCACAUUCCUGAGCACUUGAAAAAGUUAUUGAACACUAAAGGUUGAAGUGAGAACUAAUGUGAAUAGUUUGGAGUACUUUAAGAGUAAGCUAUGUACUGUUCACCUGUCUGAUCUUCCAGAUAGAGCUGGCAUGGUAUUUAGUAAAGAAAGAACUCUGAUCGAGACUAGGAUCCAAAGGGAAUACUACAUGUGUACUUGGGGCUUUUUGCCUCUCUUGCCACACACAAGGCCAUUUCUGAAGGCCCUGUGGCAUAUGUAGCUGUAACUGGAAGUGAAAAAUCACCAGCUUUUCUGCAAAUGUAUGGAGGUUUUUGCUUCAAAUUCACCUGCAUAUAGAAGUCAGUUUAAGUAAGUUUGAAGUAAGAUUAUAUGUCUGCCAAGAAGUGGAAUGUGUCCUCAGUAAAUGAAUGUGUUUUGCUGAUCUAUAUUUUAUACUGACUCGGUAUAAGACAGCUUUCUAAUUAAUCAUGUUCAUAAUUGGUUGCAUAGAAUGGCUAUUUCCUAUCAAUUGUCAUAUUUUUGGCUGCCAUCUUAUCAUGUGAAUGAUAUAGUCAUUGGGCCAUGAUAAACUUUUCUAAUAGCUACUAUAGAACCUAAAUGAUCUAUUAAAGUCUAGAGCAGAGCUUUUCAGAUAUUUCAUGUUGAUGAUACACUUUGUAGACAUUCAUCAUUUUGUGACGCAGUAAUUCGUUUUUACUAGCAAACCAGAGGUUAAAACAACCCCUUAUAGAAGAAACGGACGCGAACAUAGAUUCUAAUAAUGAAUAAUAAUUAAUAAUAAUAAUAAUUUGGUUUGUAGUUUUAAAAAUUCAUGAUUUAUUAUUUAUUUCAUAUAGAAUCAGAAGGGUUUUUUUGUUACAUUUGUGCAAUGCACCUGUGCCCUGUAGCUGACACAUGUGUCACAGCAUUUAGUUUGGAAAUCUCUCUUCUAGAAGGCUGUGUGGAUUUGCCUUAUUUAGCAUCAAGAAUCUCAUUAGAUAUAAGGACCAAUCCCUGCCCCCAGGUUGGUGGCUGUCUUAAGACCAACUCAACAGACAUGGCUAGCAUGAUGACUUUAAUACAGUACCAUUUUGGCAAAUGUGAAGUAGUAUUGUAUACAUAUUUUUAAAUUCUUCCUAGUAAAGUACCCACUUUAUCAAUCUUGCCGUCCUGCCUGCUAAGCCCAUCUUCUUGCCAAUGAAGCAAAGGAGGGCUAAGAACUACAUAGACUGAUGCAUUUAUCCAGAUGACUUUGUCUCUGCAUCUUUAUAUAGUUGAAUCAUGUGUGUCUCAAAAGUAUGAAAAUUCCAAUUAUUAAAUUGUGUUAAAUAUAAAAAAGUAACAAGGCUGUAGUUGAAAAAAAUGUGGUUUGAUUUUGUUAAAUGCAUCUAUAUUAAUGUUUGUCAUCAGGCAUCUUAGGGGUUCUUUGUGCAGUGAUAUUGUUGAAGGCCGUUUCGUAGCAGUCUGUACUCAGGCUUUGUCAGUAAAUUUAACAGUUUUAUUUUCAUCUAGUAUGGCUUUAAAUAGAUACAUUUUCCUUGUUCAAUGUGCAGUGUGGUGCUAGUUCUUUGUUUUUAUGUGCAUGUGUGAAUGUCUUACUUGAUGGUCUCAAAUGUAUCUGUUUUUGCUUUAUCAGAGCCUGGAAUUUCUUUUUGGGUAUUUGAAUUAAUUUUGUAACAUAUCAUAUAGAGAGGGAUGGUACGCCUGUUUGUGUAUCUUUCCUUUAAAAUGUACAUCGUUGGUUAACCCAGGAAAAAAUCUGUCCUCAGUCUCUUUUACAUGCAGAACUGCAGGAAUUCAUCAAACAAAAUGUGUGUUUCUAAUGCAGGAUCUCAAAUCUUUUUCUUUUUUCUUUUUGGUUUUUGCUCUGUCAUGUUGAUUGGAUAAAUUUGUUUGGAUGUUUUGUAGAUGUCCAUGCAGCAUUAUUGUGCUGGAAGAGGUUCUUGCAGGACUUAGAAUAUUCUAAGAGUUGUCUCCUCAUCCCGUCGACUUUGCCAUAAUGUUCAUGUAGAUUUAUGUUAAAGACAAAUGCAUGGUCUGUUUUAUGUAACUAUUAAUUCUAAGCUGACUUGAUUUCAUUUUCAAAUAAAAUUGGCAAGACCUUUUCGGUUGAUUUCAUAUUACGUGUCAGUCUGAGCACUGUAAAACUCUAGUCUUGUAUCAAAAUAAUUAUUAGUUUUCAAUCUCUUCAUUGUUGCUAUGUAGCCAGUCUCUCAAAAACUACCCUUUCUGUCAAACUGAAAAUGUGUAGUCCACACCCAGGUCAGAUGCAUGAAAGUUGUAUUAAAGCUUGUCUUUGCUUCUUAGCGUUGGUGUCUGGAAACAUUCAAAAACUGACACGUUAUUAUCUUUGCCUCUCUACUUAUCUUAUUCAUGCCCUAUAUAAGGUGGCCCUCCCCCACCUUCCAUUAAAUACCAUACCUCAUAAAUUCUGAUUUUAGAAGGUGAAGAGCCAGGCAGAACAGAUUGUGCCAGAAGGGUUUUUUUUUCUUGUUUUUUGAACUUUUUUUCCAGUUACAAUUUAUCUAAUUUGGGAGUCAGCUCAUGAAAUGCCAUUAGGUGAUAUCUUAUUUUGUGAACAGUAAAAUUAUGAACAGAGAAAUGUGCUUACUCCACUGUAAUCCUGUUCAGGAUAAAAUUGAUCUUUUAUCUGUACCAGACUAAUAAAAAAUAUUUUAAAGUCAAA